AUGAGAUCAAGUGAAGCAAGGAGAUUGAUCAAGAUGAAUCAUCUUGAUCCAUGCACCAAGAAGAAUGGCGAUGUCAAUGUUCUAAAGACUGUUCAAGUGAAGAUUUUAAAGGAGUUUCCAUCUGCUAUUAUCAAGAAGUUCAUUCACCUAAUCUACACGGAUGUUCUCAUGAGGGGGAGUAGUUGCGCGCUGUACUCUUUUUCCUUAACUAAGCCUUGCCUUGAGAAAGGCCGUGAAGCCAUCAACAGAUCUCUCAACCCCGAUUACGAUCCUGACGAUCAAGACGUUGACGCAUCCUCCGGUGUUGGCGCUCCUCUCCUCUCCAAUCGUCCACCGGAUAUCCCCAAUCCCUCCGAUGCUGAUCCCCGCACUGCGAUCAAGUCAGUCUGA